UAGUUGUUCAAUAGAGGAACUAAUCCAAAUCAGCUGUUGCUCUACGAGUUGCUAUUGCUGCCUUCGUGAUGACAGUGCUGGCAGUGGUUGUAUCCCUCUUAGUCCUCUAUUUUCUCCCAAGUGAGGGCAGCAAUGGUGGCGUUAAUUCUGUAUUUUCUAAAGAGGGUUACUUAGUUGGUGUUGGUCGGGCAGAUUGCACUGGUCCAAUAGCUGAAGUACCUUUGAUGGGCUAUGGCAGUCUAGAUCAGAGUGGUGCCGGCAUAAUCUCACGACAAUAUUGCAGAAGUUUCAUCCUUGCGGAGCGAAAGAAUAACACCAAACGAGUAUUGUUCGUGGUUGCUGAGUUAGGAAUGAUGUCUCAAAGACUGAGGCUAGAGGUAAUGAAACAGUUAAAAGAUAAAUAUGGAGAUCUCUACAGUCACGACAAUGUUAUAUUGAGUGGAACUCAUACCCAUUCUGGACCUGGAGGCUAUUUCCAACACACCCUCUUUUUGAUAACAAGUGGAGGAUUUAUAAAGCCAUCACUGACUGCCACUAUCAAAGGGAUCCUAAAGAGUAUUGAGAUGGCCCAUCAAAAUAUGGUGAAAGGGCACGUUUUCAUCAGCACAGGUUUGGCAGAGAACUGCCAGAUCAACAGAAGUCCUCUUUCUUACCUUCAGAAUUCAGACUCUGAAAGACACAGGUAUUCAUCAAACACAGACAAAGAAAUGGUGGUGCUGAAAAUGGUGGCAGACAAUGGCCAAGAGAUUGGAAUGUUUAGCUGGUUUGCCAUUCACCCUGUCAGUAUGAACAACACCAACCGUUUAAUAAAUAGUGACAAUAUUGGCUAUGCCGCUUACCUCUUUGAACAAGAGAAAAAUGAAGGAUACCUUCCAGGAAAGGGUCCAUACGUAGCAGCUUUUGCAUCCUCUAACUCGGGUGAUGUGUCUCCAAAUACCAAGGGCCCACAUUGCAUCAACACAGGAGAGCCAUGUGAAAACAUGGGCAAUUACUGCCCAAUAGGUGGGGCCAAGAUGUGCAUUGCCAGAGGUCCUGGAGAAGACAUGUUUGAGAGCACACAAAUAAUUGGGAGACAACUCUACUUAACAGCAAAGGAAAUAUAUAUGAAGGCCUCAAAAGAGAUUGAUGGUCCCAUCAGGUCAGCUCACCGAUGGGUGGACAUGAGUAACGUCAGUGUUCAGCUCAACUCUACUCAUACGGGUAAAACAUGUAAACCAGCCUUGGGAUACAGCUUUGCUGCAGGUACCAUAGAUGGACCAGGAAUGUUCAAUUUCACCCAAGGCACCCUGGAAGGCCACCCAUUCUGGGAUGCUGUCCGUGAUGCUCUCCUUGUUCAGCCAUCCGAUGAAUUGGUGGAGUGCCACAAACCUAAGCCUGUUCUAAUUCCUACAGGAGAGCUUACCAAGCCUUACCCAUGGCAUCCAGAAACAAUUGAUGUUCAGAUGGUUACCAUUGGAUCUGCAGCCAUCGUGGCUCUUCCGGGAGAGUUUACGACAAUGGCUGGACGAAGAGUCCGUGAAGCUGUGAAGGAAGAAUUUGAAAUUCAGGGGAAAGCAGGCAUGGAUAUUAUACUUUCAGGACUGUGCAACCUUUACACCCAUUAUAUAGCUACUUAUGAAGAAUAUCAGGUUCAGCGGUAUGAAGGAGCAUCCACCAUUUUUGGACCACACACUCUUUCUGCUUAUAUGCAAUUAUUUCAAGGCCUGGCCAGAGCUAUUGCUACGGAUGCCACUCAGGAUUUACCAAAUACUCCAGAGCCACCCUGCUUAAAUAUAACAAACCUGAACUUUUUGCCCCUUGUUAUUGAUGCAAAGCCACUUGGACGGAAGUAUGGUGAUAUACUACAGGAUGUUCAGCCAGCAUACAAAGUGGGGGAGACUGCUGAAGUGCAUUUUAUAGGUGCAAAUCCAAGGAGUUCUGCAGAGAAUAUGGCCACUUUUACUUUCCUUACAGUAGAGAAAUACGACAACGUUUCUAAAAGUUGGCAAGUGCUGUAUGACGAUGCCUCAUGGGAUACCCGGUUCGUCUGGAAGAAAGGCAAGAGGAGCCAAAGUACAUCUAUAAUAGAAUGGCGCAUCCCAAAGACCACUGGAUCAGGAAUGUACAGAAUGCGGUAUUUUGGACACAGCAAAGAAUUAUUUAGUCCAGUCCAGGCAUUUAAUGGAUCAUCUUCAACAUUUGGAGUUUCUAAUUGACAAUUUCCUAUUGGAAAGCAUCAAGCUGCCACUUUCAGCUUAAAGAAAGGAUGAUUCCAAAGCCCCUCCUUUGUCCAUUAAGACUUUGCAAGUUGCUAAAGCAGAGAUGGAAGAUUUACUACCUGUGGGGGCUGUGUGCAACCUGCGGUUCCCAGUACUAUCAAAUUUUGGAAACUCAUUUUGUUUGCAUACCACUAAGAAUUUGUUUUCCCAUCUUCCUUAGUUUUCCCCCACAAACCCAUCAAAACUGAAAGAGGCUCCCAAAUUUAUGGCCUGUUCUUUCCAAAGUAGUCCCUGCAUUGUCACCAUGGCCCAUGAUGCCCUCUAAGCCUUCCCUGAAAUGUAAAACCUUUUAAAAACAUUCUUCAUUCCUUCUCUUGGGAAACCUACACUGAAGAUUUGGAAGAGCAAACUACAGUAUGAUGUGAAUCCUUGUGCUACAAUUAACACUUUUCUCAAGUCUCAGAAUC